AUGGAAGGGACGAAGCAGUCCUUGGGCACGCUGAGUGUGUUUCCACGUGAGAUUCGCGACAAGAUCUACAGCUAUGCGGUACCUACAAGCGUCUACAACAAAAUAGUGACCUCAAACAGACAUUCUAUGCAGCGCUAUACUGACUCAACUGGAGUAUCCUCUGCACAAUUCGGUUUUAUGCAAGUCUCAAAGGUAUUUCACGAGGAAAUAUCUCUUCAGUAUCUCCUCCGGACGAAGUUUCAUAUCCUGAUGCCCAGUUCUCUCCGGAAUUGGACUACCCUAAUACAUGGUUUCCCUCCGUCCGUGGCGCUUGCUCAAAUGAAGCAGAUAAACGUGCAGAUCGGGGCAGGAACACUCUUCACCAUAAAAACCCAGACUUCCGGCAUACCAUAUAUCUCCCUGUCAAAGCUUGUCCUCAAAACGCUCCACCAACUUUCCAUACCAUCCAUGGAUGUACAGGAUCUUCAACUCAUUUUUCGAGGUUGGAGUCAGGUCCACGACUUUAUUGACGAGGAGCGAAUCGAGCGAUAUCACGAAACGUUCGAAGAUAUUACAAGCGCUAUCAGCAGUCUGACGCUUCUGAAAGAAAUACAAAUCUAUUUGGAGGUUCAAAGUGAUGAAAAAGAUGAAUUCGGCUAUGUAUUCUACGAUUACGACGGCUACUCAGACCAACCUGGAUACCACGGUCGGGGAGAGAUUACAGACCCCGAUGAGUGUGUGAAGGUGUUGAAGAACUUCCAAAGUGCGGUACCACUUAUGAUCCACGUACUCUGGACAGAGUCACGCAAAGUCCACGUGAUCGGACCAUAUGAUGCUUUCCAAGUCCAAUGUCUCUUUGUUUCCAAGGCCUUUUAUGAGGAGGCUUCGAUUCUAUUCUACCAUAAGUGCACGUUCAACGUCCAAAUCAUACCAGAUUCGCCAUUAAGACAGUACGUUAAACUACAAACGCGGGCUUCAGACGACACUAGUACAUCAGAACCGUUAUGGGGCAGAAUUCAAAACAUCAAGCUCGAAAUUGACCCCCAUCGAUUUUACGAUUACGACACAAAACUCAAACACAUUCGUCCUGGGCCUGCUGCAUCUCUAGCUAUUGGCCUUCUUUCCGAGUUACGCAGCAAGCGAAUCAAUAGCAUUGUGAUCGAUAUCAGAGACACUAUAAUGGAUAUCCCCGAAAUCCUCACUAGUGGAAUACUGGCACGGUUCCUCGAUUGUUUUGGACUUUUGCAAGGCUACAAAAAGGCUAUCCCUGAACAGCUUUACAAUCUGUGGGCCAGAACUACAAAUUGGAGCAAAGUCCCAUUUAUUGAGCUUGCACCUGAUUAUACUCCUCAACUUGGCUUCAUGACCGUCUCUAAAGCCAUGAACGCGGACAUGUCACGUAUUAUGUUUGCUCAUACGACCUUCCACCUCCUAUUUCACAGCAACAUUCAAUACGUUUUAACGGUUCCUUGCCCGAUGCCAAUUGGCGCGCACCUUCUUCAGAUGAAACAUGUGGAUCUUCACGUGGAUGCUGGCCUCCUGUUCGGGCUGGAAGACAUCGACAUCACGACGGACCCAAAACCAGAGAUGACAGUAAUAGUGAUGCAAACUCUCUCCAAGCUUGGUAGUUGUCAAGCUGGGAUCGAGCUGAAGCUAUCUCUUCGGAGAUGGCGUCGUGACACCCUACGUAUGCUUUUCCGCAACAGAAAUACCGCCAAACGCGACGCAUUCAUGGCCAUUAUCCUGCAAACUAUUCAAGACUUUAGUAGAUUUAAACGCGUCACUAUUAGUUGCAACAUCGAUGAUGCAGAUAUAGAUGAUAGUGAUCCACAAAAACUCCUGAGAGACUGUACUGUCGCUAUGAGUCAAUUCAGAAGGAUUCUUCUUCCAGAUCUCGGACCAAGUGAGAAACAUUACCAAUUUCUCCAACAUAACAUAAUCGCCGUCUACUGCGUAUUCAAUCCGCACCAUGCUCAGGCGAUGCAGACCGUAUCUACAAGCAGAUCAUCUAUAGCAGCGGCGGACACCGCCAUUUCAACGGCGAAAGAGAAUUCGAAGUCGAGAUCGAAGGGAUAUUGUGACUGGGAAGAUAUUUGA